AUGGAAACAACGUAUUUAACACGAAAUUUUAACUAUUGGUCAAAAAGGGGAAUUAAUGGACCAAAGCCAUUGCCUAUAGUUGGUACUUAUUUGUAUCAAUUUAAGACACCCAGACCUCACCUAUCGCUUCAAUGGCAAGAAAAAUACGGAAAAAUAUACGGAGUAUAUAACGGAAACGCUCCCCUAUUAGUAGUGGCCGAACCAGAACUGAUUAAACAAAUUUGUGUCAAAGACUUCAACAUAUUUACGGAUCGCAACCGAAACCAACGAAACCAUCCAAUUCUGAGCAGACAUUUGGUCGCAGAAAACGGUGACGACUGGAAGAGAAUCCGAUCGAUAGUCACCCCAACGUUCAGCUCUAAUAAGAUGAAGAAAAUGUAUCCAAUGAUCAGAAGGUGUUUAGAGGACUUCAUCAAUGAAUUAGAAGUGUAUGCGAAGGAUAGGAAAGAAAUAGACAUUAAGCCAAUGUAUGGAAAGUACACUAUGGAUGUCAUAUCUACCUGUGCUUUCGCUACGAAGACUAACACUUAUAAAGAUCCAAACGAUCCGUUUGUAUUAAAUGCUCAGAAAGUGUUCCAAACAUCAGUCAAACGACUUCUUCCACUUCUACUGUUCCCUAAAUUUGUGCUCAAAUUAUUGAACAUAACUCAUGCGGCAGAAGAGUCGGUCAAUGAGUUCUUCUUCAACAUCACGAGACGUAUAAUGAAAGAGCGGAAGAAUAGUCACAAGAAAUACAACGAUUUCAUUGAGUUAUUAAUGAACGCACAGAAGGAUAGCACUAAUAAUAACCCCAAAGAAGAUGAGAAUGAUGUCAAUGAAGCCCAUCAUGUGAAUGAAGGGAAGGAAGAGAAAGAAGUGGAGAAAAAGAUCUUAAGUAAUGUCGAUAAAUAUAUCACUGAAGAGGAAAUCCUGGCCCAGUCGUGGGUCUUCUUUGUUGCGGGAUAUGAGACGACUGCCACUACUCUUACCUUUGCUUCCUAUGAAUUGGCUCUCAAUCAGGAC